UCGAAUCUUAAAGUUAUGCAACAAUAAACUGAAUCACCCUGUAUAUACUUGUUUACGCAUCGAAGUGUAUUUGAUUGUGAAUGCUCCGUUUUUGGCCUGUGAUUUUUGACGAUUCAUAGAUUUUAUUGUGUAAUCUUAUGACAACAGUAGUAUUAAUAUAUCGCAUAUAGACAUAGAUAUAACUUUUCAUCAAAAUGAACAGACGUUUGGUUGGUCUACAGUCAUACUAUUCCGUCUAGGUUGUUAACUAGCUAAGGAAAUGAAACAAGCUCGGCGACAUUAAUGUAUGCAUGCCUCUUAUUAGCCAUGCAUCCGGAUAUACAGGAAAAGCUUUACCAUGAUGUAGUGAGUAUUUGUGGACUAGACGAUCCAAUUACAUUAGAAAAAUUAUCCAAAAUAGAUUAUGCGGAACGCAUUAUCAAAGAAACGCUUCGGCUUUUUCCCUCUGCUCCAAUAAUUGGAAGAUAUACGCAAGGGGAUCUAGAUAUUGGUGGCAGAGUGAUACCCAAACAUUCGACGGUGUAUCUACACAUAGUUUAUACUCAUAGAGAUCCUAGAUUCUGGCAAGAACCACUGACGUUCGAUCCUGAUCGCUUCUUACAGGAAAAUGCCUCAAAAAUCUACCCAUUCAGCUACAUACCUUUUUCAUAUGGCUCGAGAAAUUGCAUUGGUUUGAGAUUUGCAAUGACUAGUAUAAAGAUAGCAUUGGUAAACCUAAUCCGGAAGGUGAAGAUAUUCACCGAUUACAAAAGUGUCGAAGAUGUCAAGUUGAAGGCCCACUUCUUACUUAGACCGAGAGAUGGAUGGAAACUAAGAUUUGAAGCCAGAAACUGACACAACGCUUGAGAAGAACUAAUAGUAACUCCAAAGCCUACCUCCUCCUUAAGUUUGUCGCGGUACUUAUUGGACAUCCUGUAUAGAGAUUAAAUGGAAGACUAUUAAGAAGCCAUGAAGGAAUACUUCGGGGAAGUGGAGGUAGUUAAAUCCGAAAUAUGUUAAGCUUUGUCCAGUGGUUACAAUCUUUGCAGGGUCACAGCAGUUGUUUCCGGAUGAAGUUCAGGGCUGAUCUCACAGAUCACGGUGGCACAUUCUAGACUUGGUAACCGUUCGCAGUGUACAACUUUCGAACCAAUAAAUCUUAAACUUUGAGGUACGGGACUGAUUUACUUUAAAUCCGUAAAAGUGAGUCUUGUUUUUCUAUUGCAAACUCUAAUUUGUC